GAUCAGUUGGCUGCUGCUCCUGGUAAUGUUGGAAGAGCGACGAGCGUUACAGGUGGAGGAGGAUGCCUCUUGCGAGCAGAGGAGGAGGCAACAUCGAGGUCUUGACAGCAUCCAAGUGCUGGACUGGGACUCGCGGGUGUUUGCGCUACCUCUCCUCCAGAUCCAAAACUUCCUGUCCGAUGAGGAGGCCGACGAAGUGAUACGACUAGGGCACGAGGAGCUGGAUGCCCAGCACGGCGGCGGGUGGGAGCGGGAGGUAGCAUACGGAACUGCCUUCUUUCACUACCAUCAGAGCAACAUGUCACGCGUGCUGGUCGAGCUUGAGGACAGGAUCGCUCGCACUACCAUGAUCCGCCCCCAUCCCGAUGAGCUGCCGCUCAUGUUUACGAGGCAGGUCUCCUGUGCGCAUGCAGCCCAGCAGCAGCAGAUUCCAGGGGCGAUUGUAGGCAACGUUGUGCCCAACCAGAGGGUUAGGAAUGUCCACCAUGACAAGAACCAGCGGGAGAACAGAGUUGUCACUGUUCUGAUCUACCUCUCAGACUCGGGGGAAGGGGAUGGAGGACACACCAUCUUCCCUUGUCUUCCUGCACCUGCUGCCACCACUGGCGCGGCCAGACGAUCUUUCUCCUCUAAGUUCAAGAGGCUGUUCCUCAACGGUUCGCGCACCCUCAGCGGGAGGGGCGGGAGGGAGGAAGAAGUCAAGCUGCUUGCUGCCUGCAACGAGCAAUGUCUCCUUGCGCACGAGGCUGCUGUGAUGAACAUCCGGCCGCAGAAAGGAACCGCCGUCAUCUUUUGGAAUGUCCUCGCUGACGGGAGCCCGAACUUUCGCGUCUGGCAUGCUGCUUGUCAGGUUUGCAUGUUUCCUUAUCUUGCUGUGUGA